AUGGAGGAAAGCGAGCAACCUCAAAAAGAGUUUCACGUCGAUAUCACCAAUGAUUUAGAACGACGUGUUGCUGAUGCAUUUUGUGUUUUCGAUCAUGCUGGGAACAAGAGUGUUGACGUUAGAGAAAUUGGAACUAUAUUAAGAGCUCUAGGUUGCGUACCAACUGAGGCUGAAGUUCAAGAUAUAAUAUUAAGAACGGAAGAUCGGGAUUGUUCUGGUAUAAUACACUUAGCGAACUUUUUGCCUUAUGUUUGUGAAUUGAUCAAUGAUCAUAAAAUGCAACCAGCCACGCCAGAGAAACUUUUAGAAGCAUUUAAAGUAUUAGAUAAAGAUAAUAAAGGAUUUCUGGACAGAGCCUAUCUCACUGAGCUGGUGACACAUGAGUGUGAACCUCUAAUACAAGAAGAACUUGAUGAAAUGAUGGUAGCAGCUGUUGAUUCAGCUACUGAUACUAUUCCGUAUGAAUAUUACAUAAACCAGUUAAUGGUUGAAACAGAUCAGUAAAUAAUAAUUCAUGAGUGCACAAAAUCAAAUCAAUUAUAUAUCUAGUAUUAAGGAAUCAUAUUCCAAUUGAGCAAGAACAAACAAAUGACAAGAUACAAUUCAUAUAGUGAAUUAUAAAUUUAAAUCCUAAAAAUGCAGUGCAAAACACAGUGGCAAGAAAAGAUGUGCUAUAUGCAGAUGCUUAUUUUAGAAGUGCAGCAUGAAUAUUGACCUAUCCAGGUAAUAAAUAUUA